GCUUGAUUGUAGAACGCUCUUUGAAGGCCGGUACAAUGACAAGGAUUGCCAGAUAGUUUUUCUCCUUGACUCCUAGCCGUUGAUCUGAUAAUACAAGUGACCGUCCAUUGCUGCCAACUAUGACACCACAAACACAAUCUCAGACCUUAAUCCACUUCAAAAUUUGAAUUUGAAUCAAAAAAUAACUCCCAAUAUCCACCGCCUUUGAUGGUUCAGGCCCACUAUUCCCCAAUCUCAGCCUUUUAUUAUUCAUUCAAGAGAGAGAUUAGAAGCAUCAUCUUCCCUAUUGCCCCCACCAUCGCCACUCAAACCGUGAAAUAUACACACCACCGUUUCCGAAUGCCUUCAACCAUUCAGAUCUGGCGUUCACAACCCUAAACUCUGCUGCAGGUUUUGAAGAAAAUCAUAGAUGCCUUCCAUACCAUAUCUUCAUUCAGAAAAUACCACCAUCUCUCUCCGUCUCCGUCUCCGUCUCCCUCGAUCAAGAAACCAAAACCACAUCAACAACUUACCUCCACAAAUCCCUCACAACCGACACCCUAUUUUGGGGGUUUUUUGUUUCAUUUUUUUGAAGACACAUUCUUUUUCCUGAUUUUUGUAGGCAGAUCUAUCAGAUGGUUCCCUCCAGGUCUACAAAUUGCUCCUUCUAUAUGUCUUGGUUUGAAAUAUCAACACAAAAAAAAGAUGGAAAUGAAAUUUGGCGUCUUCAAGUUCUAACAGGUCUUUUGGAGUUCUAAUAGUUGUAGUAUGUAGUUUAUCAGGGGGAAUACAUGGCCUUGAUUGGCCGUGACCUGGUUUGCUAAGGUACUCCCCUGAAUCAACUGUGUUGCUUUCUCAUCAGACAAGUGGCUUAAAUGAUAGGUCACUGCAUUCAAUCAGGUUGUUGGUUUCGAAGUGAUGGUUGGCUAAGAUGUGUUCGAAGAAACUGGAACAAACGAAGAGGUCUCAGAAGUGAGGUUGUCCGAGAGGGAGUUCGGCUGUCCGAGAGGGAGUUCGGCUGGACUGGAACCGACGAAGGUAGCAGUUUGAUAAACAAGGUUAUACAGAGACAUAAUCAGCCUGAGAAGCAAAAAAACAAAGGAACCAAUGUGCAGUUCUUCCUACCACAAAUAUUGGAAAAUGGAUGGCAAGCAUGGUUAGUUGCUUCCAUGAAAGCUUGAUAUCUUGAAAACCUACAAAAUCAUACCAUAAUGUGAUGGUGACCCUGAAUUAGUUGAGCAAAACAAUCUGAAGACCUUAUUUUCUCUAGUUCUAUGUCACUACAUACAAUCAUCAAAAGGUGGAUGAGGACGAUGAAGAGUGUCCUUACUUCUCCUUGAGUCUUCUUUCAAUCUAGAUGGUGGAUGAACAGUGACUCUAAGGUUACCGGUAGCUUUGGGUUAACCGGUCACAAAGCAUGAAAACAAUCAAAGUUAGAAAGCAUAAUGGUUAAUUCGUACAAAUAAAUUAUAUAGGGGUUUAUUUAAACAUUUGGGUAUAAUACAUGGGGUUUUUAUGAGGUUUUUCCAAA